AUCAGCUGUGUCCAAUCACAGCUGAUCACAUGUCAACACGCAAAUGCCGGGCACUGAUGAUCAGUGUGGCCCCAGAAGUGCCACCUGUCAGUGCUCAUUAGUGCAACGUGCCAGUGCCACAUCAAUGCCACAUAUCAGUGCCCAUCUGAGCUGCCUUUCAAUGUCACCCAUUAGUGCCAGUCAUUGUCGCCUAUCAGUGCCGCCUAUCAGUGCCAGUCAGUGCCGCCUAUCAGCGCCAUAUAUCAGUGUCAUGUAUCAGUGCUGCCUUUCAGUGCCCAUCAGUGAUGCCUGUCAAUGCCCAUCAGUGCAACCUACCAGUGCCUCCUCAUCAGUGCCACCUAUCAGUGUCCAUCAGUGCAGCCUAUCA